GUUUAUGUAGAAAACAGAAGGUGUAAUUAACGCAUUCGUUCAAGGGUAAAACAGUCAACAGAAGCUUCGCAUUUGAAGCAAGCUUCCUCUCUCGCCCAAACCCUAUCUUCUAACCCUCUACAAAUAUCUUCUUCUGUUUUCAGUUGUUUAUUUGCCUAACAAUUUUCUUUGCAGAAUAUCGGAACCCUAGCCCUAAUCUAGGCCAAAACCUCUCCUCGCGUCUUCAUAUUAAGCAGCACUAACGAAUGGGUGAGACAAAGGAGAACGAUGCCUACGAAGAAGAGCUCCUCGACUACGAGGAGGAAGAAGAAAAAGCCCCUGACUCAGUCGGCGCUAAAGCUAACGGCGAAUCCGUCAAGAAGCUUCCUUCGGUGAAUUUAUAUGGUUCUUCAUUAGUUCAACAUGAAUGCAUACCUCAAGCUAUUCUGGGAAUGGACGUCAUCUGCCAAGCAAAAUCUGGUAUGGGGAAGACAGCUGUGUUUGUUCUUUCAACACUGCAGCAGAUUGAACCUGUAGCAGGACAAGUUGCAGCCCUUAUCUGUCACGAAUUUGAAAGGUUCAGCACAUACUUGCCAGAUAUUAAAGUUGCUGUUUUCUAUGGGGGUGUCAACAUUAAAAUCCACAAAGAUCUUCUAAAGAAUGAAUGCCCUCACAUUGUUGUUGGGACACCUGGGAGGAUACUUGCUCUGGCAAGAGACAAGGAACUGUCCCUCAGGAAUGUGAGGCAUUUCAUUCUGGACGAGUGUGAUAAGAUGCUCGAGUCACUUGAUAUGAGGAGGGACGUGCAGGAGAUCUUCAAAAUGACCCCUCAUGACAAGCAAGUUAUGAUGUUUUCUGCUACCCUCAGCAAGGAGAUUCGACCUGUCUGCAAGAAAUUCAUGCAAGAUCCUAUGGAAAUAUACGUUGAUGAUGAGGCCAAGCUGACCCUCCAUGGUCUUGUUCAGCACUACAUCAAACUGAGUGAAAUGGAGAAGAACCGGAAGCUGAAUGACCUUCUUGAUGCGCUGGAUUUCAACCAAGUUGUCAUCUUUGUCAAAAGCGUCAGUAGAGCAGCCGAGCUGAAUAAGUUGCUUGUUGAGUGUAAUUUCCCAUCCAUAUGCAUUCACUCAGGCAUGUCACAAGAAGAAAGAUUGACUCGUUACAAGGGGUUCAAAGAGGGGCAUAAGAGGAUUCUAGUAGCCACAGAUUUGGUCGGCAGAGGAAUCGACAUUGAACGAGUGAACAUUGUGAUUAACUAUGAUAUGCCAGAUUCUGCUGACACUUAUCUGCACAGGGUGGGUCGAGCAGGAAGGUUUGGCACGAAAGGGCUUGCCAUCACAUUUGUUUCUUCAGCAUCUGAUUCAGAUGUACUAAAUCAGGUUCAGGAGAGGUUUGAAGUCGAUAUUAAAGAGCUUCCUGAGCAGAUUGAUACAUCCACAUACAUGCCAUCUUAGAGCCAUUCGAGUAGAAGGAUUUAAUGAAGGGAGUUUCUCAUAUUUCGAUGUGGUUUUGUCACUCGUGGGAAAACGUAGGCGUGCGCAUUUGGAAUGGUCUUUGGUAUGACUUUGCUACGUGUUGCUGUACUUUUAUUAGAUAUAAUAUAACAUUUCUUGGCUUCUUAGUGGAAGAAUUUAAUAUUGUUGGCUUGUUAGACAUUUCAUUUGCGGACGAUUUUGAUUUUAGAAGUACAUUAUCUUGUUUGUGUUCAUCUGGUGAAAAAUUUGCACUUCCCUUGCACUGCUGUGUUAGGUGUUGAACUUGAAGAUAACAUGGGGAAAUCCCUACGUGGGUAGUGCACACUUGGUUUUUGCCGCUAAGAGUAGGACCACUCACACACAUACCCAUGUGAGUGUGUGUGUGUGUGUGUGUGAUAGAGUACUGUGUUUUUACCGUUGCGACCACUUACACACACCCAUGAAUGCGUGUGAGUGAUGAUAGAAGAAUGAACGUAG